AACCCACAUGGAAACGCGGGACACUUGUGUUUGAUUUCAACGGCCUUUCGUGGGUUAGUCGACGUUACUUUACUCACGUUUUAGAGCGUUUGAUACCGAAAAAGAAACAUGAAGAUUGAAGAGGUGAAAAGCACAACGAAGACGCAGCGCAUCGCUUCUCACAGCCAUGUGAAGGGUCUGGGGCUGGAUGAGGCCGGUAAUGCCAAACAGUCCGCGGCCGGGCUUGUGGGACAGGAGACCGCUAGAGAGGCAUGUGGCAUCAUCGUAGAGCUGAUUCGUUCCAAAAAGAUGGCUGGAAGAGCUAUUCUACUCGCAGGGCCACCUGGGACAGGAAAGACUGCUUUAGCAUUGGCCAUGGCACAAGAAUUGGGGAAUAAAGUUCCAUUCUGUCCUAUGGUGGGCAGUGAAGUGUAUUCCUCAGAAAUCAAAAAGACUGAAGUGCUGAUGGAGAACUUCAGAAGAGCCAUAGGUCUGCGCAUCAAGGAGACUAAAGAGGUGUAUGAAGGAGAGGUCACUGAAUUGACCCCAUGUGAGACGGAAAACCCAAUGGGGGGCUACGGAAAAACAGUCAGUCAUGUCAUUAUCAGUUUGAAGACGGCAAAGGGUACCAAACAGUUAAAGUUGGAUCCCAGUAUCUAUGAAAGUCUGCAGAAGGAGAGAGUGGAGGUCGGUGAUGUUAUCUACAUCGAAGCUAACAGUGGGGCAGUCAAGAGGCAGGGACGAUGUGACACAUUUGCAACAGAGUUUGAUUUGGAGGCAGAGGAGUAUGUUCCUCUACCAAAAGGUGAUGUGCACAAGAAGAAAGAGAUUAUUCAGGAUGUUACACUUCAUGAUCUGGAUGUAGCCAAUGCAAGACCUCAGGGUGGUCAGGACAUACUUUCUAUGAUGGGUCAACUGAUGAAGCCCAAAAAGACAGAAAUAACAGAUAAACUGCGAGCUGAGAUAAACAAGGUGGUGAACAAGUACAUUGAUCAGGGUGUGGCAGAGCUGGUUCCUGGCGUUCUGUUUGUUGAUGAGGUUCACAUGCUGGACAUCGAGUGCUUCACCUACCUGCACCGAGCACUAGAGAGCUCCAUCUCUCCCAUUGUAGUGUUUGCAUCCAACCGAGGAAACUGCCUUAUCAGGGGUACAGAGGAUAUCAGCUCUCCUCAUGGAAUUCCACUGGACCUACUGGAUCGAGUCAUGAUUAUCAGAACCAUGCUGUACACCCCUCAAGAAAUGAAACAGAUCAUAAAGAUCCGAGCUCAGACAGAGGGUAUCAACAUCAGUGAGGAGGCUUUAUCUCACCUUGGAGAGAUUGGUACCAAAACUACACUCCGAUAUGCAGUGCAGCUGCUGACCCCUGCCAAUCUGCUGGCUCGGGUUCAGGGGAAGGAAGUAGUCGAAAAAGAAUAUAUCGAAGAAAUUAACGAACUCUUCUAUGAUGCCAAGUCUUCUGCAAAGAUCCUUCAAGACCAGCACACAAAGUUUAUGAAAUAAUUUUAACCAUAG